CUUGUUAAGCUCAUUUGGUUCUCCUUUGUCAAAAACUGACUUCCGUUCUCAUGUUUUGUUCGAGGUUGUGGAAUGUGCCAUCUUGUGUCACAGUGAGCUAGUUUAUCGCUGUACUCAGCUGAAAGAAUUCUACAGCCGUUGCUAUUUUGGGGGAAGGGCGUUUGAUUCAAUUUAGCAUCCAGUUCCAUACGUAGCAAAGACGUCUAUUUACCUUAGCUAGCUGGCUAGCUAACAACAACAGCCAGCUGAGUUGAAUCCCCAUCAACAUGUUUCGAUUCCUGAAUGACGUUGAUGACGACCCCUUCAUGAUGGAUCCAUUCGCAGCUCAUAGGCAGCAGAUGAGGGGUAUGUUUGGACCAUUUGCCGUGGACCCUUUUGCACUUGCCCCACAGAUGCAGCCACAUCGUGCACCACGGCGACAGGCUGGUGCACUGACUCCAUUUGGCAUGAUGGGAAUGGGUGGAGGCUUCAUGGACAUGUUUGGCAUGAUGGGGGAAAUGAUGGGGAACAUGGAAAGGCUAUCCGGUUCGCCCAACUGUCAGACAUUCUCCUCUUCCACAGUGAUCUCCUACUCUUCAUUAGACUCCGGGGCUCCUACAGUAUACCAGCAAACCAGUGCGACAAGGACAGGCCCCGGAGGGAUUCGUGAGACACGUCAGUCGAUGCGAGACAGCGAAAGCGGCCUGGAGCGCCUCGCCAUCGGUCAUCACAUCGGCGAGCGCGCGCACAUCAUGGAGCGCUCACGGAACCGCCGCACCGGAGACCGUGAGGAACGGCAGGACUUCAUCAACUUGGAUGAGAGUGAGGCUGAAGCCUUCGAUGUGGAGUGGAGGAGUCAGGCGGGACGGUACGCCCCGCCAAACACCCGGGGGCUAGACUACGGCCGUGAGCGACGGGCAGGGGGACAGCAGUUGGCUCUCACUGCCCCGCCUAGCUCCACAACCCCACCGGGCCAUCGGCACGAGUCCCCCCGACAUCACCCCCCACCCCAGCCCCGCCCACGUUACGACUGGUGAAAGGUACAAGGAGCCUUUUGUGGGUUGGUGGCGAGUGAAGGAAACACUCCACGGAUGCUGUGAACCACAUUGAGGAUCCUUCCAUCUUCCUCACUGAUGUUUGAUCUGACCGGACUGUCUAUACAUAAACACACUCAACAAACAACCCUCUCGACACACAGAACAUUGGUAGUCUUAGAAUUGAUCCUCAGUGCCACACUUACACACUUGUACAAACGCCCCCCCCCCCCCCCCCUGCCCGCCCCGCCCCUUACUUUACUUAACCCGUUCCCCGAAAGUUUGAUGUGUGUUGUUUUUGCCCACUAAAGUGCUUAAAAGUAUGCAGUGCAUCUGCUGUACAGUCCGUUUUGUUUUGUGGAGGCACACGUGUGUCUGUGAAUUGAACUGUAUACUGUUGACUAAUGGAACAAGCUAGAUUAAAGUAAUUGCUAGAUAAAUACAUGUUCUGUGUCUUGU